AUGACUUCCGAAAAGUACCUCUACAUCCUGAACAACAGAACUAUUUUGUUUAUCAUCGUUCUGUUAUCCCUUAAACUAUGUAGCCCGCAGGACCUAAGUGACGAUUUUAUCGAUGACAGUGUCGAAGUGAUAUCAGAAAUUAGUGUCGCUAGGAAAGUGAAAUUUCCAAGAAACGUGGGAAUGGCGAGCCCGUGUAGACUUAGUGAAUUGCUCUGUGAUACGGGCCAGUGUAUAUCCUUAGAUAAAUACUGCAACGGAGAAGACGAUUGUGGAGAUAAGAGCGACGAGCCGAAGGCUUGCACCCCCUGUAAUAGAACCUACAUGGGUGACGUAGGCCGAACUUAUGAAUUAGAAGUCAGAAGACCAAGAGAAGACCACCUUCCUUUCGUAUGUUUCCUUAAUUUCACGGCGAAUGGAGGAAGCUACGGUGAUAUAAUACAGCUAACAUUCGACACGUUUACAGUGGGGAAAUUCGUGUCAUUCACAUCCGAUGGUUGUCCAGACGGGCACAUGACAAUUGUAGAGAGCAGCCCCUCGCCCCCCACGGGUCAGUGGUGUGGGUCCGCAUGGGGAUACACGGUGUACUUUAGCGAAUCCAAUUCUAUCAACAUGACUCUUAGGCUGGAUAGAUUGAGUCAACAGGGUGUUGGAUACAAUUUCGACUUCAAGUUGGCUUACAAGUUUCUAAGACGGAGCGAGGCAAGACUGCGCUUCGGGAACGCCACAGUGGGGGCCUGGAGGGGGGAGUCGGUCCCCGGAACGUACUGCGACCGAAUACUGAGUGACUGCGAUCUUCGCGCUUGCAGGAUACAGUCUCCGAACUUCCCCGGAGUGUAUCCGAGAAACGCGACGUGUACCUAUCGCAUCGAGCAUACUAAGAUACCAGCAGACAAACACGUUUUGUUAGCAGUCAGACAAACCAACAGCCAUAAAAUACAUAUCAAAGACCAAAUAGUUAAAUAUGACAGAAGUCAACGUGUUCUCAAGAUCUGGGACCAAUGUAACGUAGUCCAAGACUAUUUAACCGUCUGGGACGGUCCGACGAGGGACUCUCCGGUUCUUGUCAGGCUUUGUGGAGGAGAUGCCGUCCCUGACAUAGUUAGUAGGGGACCUAAAAUGUUAUUGGAAUUUCAUACAUCUCCAUAUGACAACCCAUUCCAUCCGGUACCGCUGAGCUAUUUGCCUGGAUUUGAAUUAGAAGUACAGGGUCGUCCAAAUGAAGUCGUGUGGGUAUCUUUUGUGAAAUACCAUGCGGCAGGGACCGAGCCCGCUGGCUUCGAUCAGCAGAAGGACUGCUCCUCACAACUGACCAUUUGGGAUGGAGCAGCACCGGACGCUGAUCUCGAUAGAAAGUUGGAGAUGACUGAUAAAAAGUUGCUGCUGGGUUCCUUCUGCCGCGAGGAAUCUCCACGCCUAUGUGACCAUGCGCUACUUUCAAAUGCAACAAGAGCUACCAGACCGUGCGCACCAUCAGAGAGUUACAUUACAACAGGACCAGCUCUUACAAUACUUCAGGAACUACGCCAGGGAUCCGCCCUGUACCCCGUGUCGUUCCUGCUUCGAUACGAGUUCGUCGACGUGAGCGAACAAGGCCAACCGCUUCUAGACUCCAAAUCCGCUUGCGAUAGAGUUUUCAAAUCUGCUCAGACGUAUUCGGGAAGAUUUCAGGCGCCGCGAGCAAUAUUUUACUACGGCCGCGGUGGCGCACAAAACCUCACGUGCAUAUUGCGGUUCGAAGCCAAAUACGGUGAACGGGUUCAACUAAUUUUCACUAAUAACAAUUUCGGCAACAAGCAUUGUACAACGCAUAAAGACUCGAGAACCAGCCGUUGGGUAUGCAACAGGCCUCUCAAGAGAACUAUAGGUGGGGAGGGUCUAGCUCAGAUAAUUAUCACGGAAUACCCCUGGGAAGGAGUUCCCAUAAAAAGAGAUUGCCUUUGUACAAACCGCUCUGAACCUCUCAACAUUCAUACGUUAACAGCUCCCGUGGUAGAGGUCAACUUCACUGUUACUAUGAUGAACAUCACAGAAGAUUACGACGACUUUAGUUUCGAAGGUGAAUACAAGUUUAUUCCCACUGGCCCGGGCGACGAAACUGUAUGUUCUACAGGCUGGGGUGAAAGACGGUUAAGGGGGAGCAGUGGAGAAAUAAGGCUAUUUGAUAAAAGAGAAUCUGCUAUAAUACCAGAAAUCAUUAGUGAUAGACAUGUUAUAUCUGAGAGCGUAAAGGCAGAAGUUGCAUGUGUACAUCGACCAUGGCUAAUUGAACCUGGUGGAGAUGAAGUCACUCCUACCCAAGGGCGGUACCUCUACCUAAAAGUGCCUGGCUACGAAAUCAGUAAAUCAUCUCCAUUCUGUACAACACCCAAUCGCUUAUUCGUAUAUGAAGCUUAUGAUACAACACGAUCUAGAGAGAUAUGUCCCGAUACAUCUAGUCUAAUGGAGUUAUAUUCUCCCGGUUGGGAAUCGGCUCUGACCUCAAUAGAAUCUUCACUGAAACCACACGCAAAGAGCUUUGUUAUAGACUUUUUACAACACGAGCAAGCAGAUUAUUCAAUUAAGUGGAUAGAGAUUAUGAAAAAACCAUCUGUAGAAAAUCCUGAUCCAGACAUCAGCGAUCUUCCAUCCUCUGUCCUCCUCGACUGUCGAUAUCACUGUCCAGAAUUAAACGCAUGUAUUCCCCUCACUUUGUGGUGCGACGGCAGCGCUCAUUGUCCGUCAGGGUACGACGAAGAUGACUCGAAUUGUUCAUUCCGAAUUUCAUUACCACCGCCCUACGUAGCAGCAGCUGUUGGUGUAGGCUUGUUAAUAUGUGCGAUUGCGAUAGCUCUCUGCGCAUGUAAGAGACGAAGGAAAAAAGAUAAAGAAUUCAAAGCUCGCUUAGAUGGCGCUCUGCAAGCAGAAGAACGACCAUACGAUCGAGCGAAGGCUAACGGUAUUCCGGAAACAGCUAGACAAUACGCUACAGUACAAAAGUAUGCUACUAUAGACAAGUACAGUCUCAGCCAGAAAUACAGCGCGGGGUUAAACGACGCCAGAUACUAUGAUGAGGUAGCGCAAAGAGAUAAAUUGAGUGAUACGAGAUACGCUAGUUUAGGUCGUGGAAGGAAUAGUCGUACAGAUAAUAGAGGAUCCAGAAAAGCUUUACCAGACUUAGGUUAUCCUGACUUAAAGGAUGGCUUUUGUUGA